ACGCCGUUGCGUGGCUAGAGCGUCUGAUGAGGAGCCGUUGGCGGCGCUGCUGCUUUAUUUUAUAUAUUUUAUAGCGAUAAAAACGACACAUUUCGAGGUCAAAGGGUACAAAUGAAGAAAGGAAAAUAAUUUAAAAUAUCUCAGGUUAGCUCGCUGUCAACGUCGGAGGAGUUUUGUGAUGAUACGACGUUUAUAUCGAUGAUGUUUACUGGAUAAGUUCCUCUGAAAGGUUCCCAAUAUCUGGAGCCUCCAACUGCCUCCAGCUGCCAAUACUAGGCAGGAAAACACAGCUAUUUCUUUAUAUCGUGGUGGUGGCUGCAAGCCAAUAGUUUACUCUGGAGCAGGACACGGAGGAUAGUGUGGCCAUGACGGGAGGGACUGCAGCUGCCCUUCCCAUGAGCAACCACACCCGAGAGAGGGUGACCGUGGCCAAGCUGACGCUGGAGAACUUCUACAGCACACUUCUCACCCAGCACGAGGAGCGCGAGAUGAGGCAGAAGAAGCUGGAGAAGGCCAUGGACGAAGAGGGUUUGCCAGAUGAGGAGAAAGUAAUGCGCCGCUCGCAGCAUGCCCGCAAGGAGACUGAGUUUUUGCGACUGAAGAGGACGCGACUCGGCUUGGAUGACUUCGAGUCCCUCAAAGUUAUCGGACGGGGCGCUUUUGGAGAGGUCCGUUUGGUGCAGAAAAAAGACACGGGGCACAUUUACGCCAUGAAGAUAUUAAGAAAAGCAGACAUGCUGGAGAAAGAACAGGUUGCUCAUAUCCGGGCAGAGAGGGACAUUCUGGUAGAGGCGGACGGCGCCUGGGUGGUCAAGAUGUUCUACAGCUUCCAGGACAAAAGGAACCUCUACCUCAUCAUGGAGUUCCUGCCUGGAGGGGACAUGAUGACCCUGCUGAUGAAGAAGGACACGCUGUCUGAAGAGGCCACCCAGUUCUACAUCGCAGAGACGGUUCUUGCCAUCGACUCCAUCCACCAGCUGGGCUUCAUCCACAGAGACAUCAAACCAGACAACCUGCUGCUGGACUCCAGGGGACACGUGAAGCUGUCAGACUUCGGCCUGUGUACGGGACUGAAGAAGGCUCAUCGUACAGAAUUUUACAGGAACCUGACGCACAACCCGCCCAGUGAUUUCUCCUUUCAGAAUAUGAACUCCAAGAGGAAAGCAGAAACCUGGAAGAAGAACCGGAGGCAGCUGGCUUAUUCUACCGUGGGAACGCCAGACUACAUCGCUCCUGAAGUCUUCAUGCAGACGGGAUACAACAAGCUGUGUGACUGGUGGUCUCUGGGGGUCAUCAUGUAUGAAAUGCUCAUCGGUUACCCACCCUUCUGCUCUGAGACGCCACAGGAGACAUACAGGAAGGUGAUGAACUGGAAGGAAACCCUCGUCUUCCCACCCGAAGUCCCCAUCUCAGAGAGGGCCAAAGACUUGAUAUUAAAGUAUUGCACUGAUGCUGAGAACAGGGUCGGAGCUGUGAGCGUGGAGGAGAUCAAGAGUCAUCAGUUCUUUGAGUCGGUGGACUGGGAGCACAUCAGGGAGCGGCCGGCAGCCAUCUCCAUUGAAAUCAAGAGUAUCGACGACACCUCGAACUUUGACGACUUCCCUGAAUCGGACAUCCUUCAGCCAGCCAAUGCAACGGAGCCAGACUUCAAAUCAAAGGAUUGGGUGUUCCUCAACUACACGUACAAACGCUUCGAGGGUCUGACUCAGCGAGGCACCAUCCCCACAUACAUGAAGGCAGGGAAGGCCUGACACGGGGUGUCGUGGAGGAAAAACAGACGUUUACGGACACAGGGUCGGGCCGCGGAGCCCCGCUGCUGCUGAAAGGCUGUGCCGUCGGCCUCUCAGUAUAAAUUUAACCCUCAUCAUCAAGUCAUUUAGGCCGCAAGGACGCCUAGAGCUCGGAAAUUAAGGAGCGUUACCGCAUUACCUCGGUUGUUUAUAAUCGUAUACACGUGCCGUCUUUAGCCAUAGCUCUCAGGCCAGCUCACUAACUAGGACACUAAAUCAGCAUAUCUGCAUGUUCAGCGGCGUACUGCUUCUGGAGAGGAUUUUUUUUUUUACUGCCCAAAGGUGUCUGAGGAUUGAGUACAAAUCACUGCUUCAACAUCUUCACAGCAAUAGUUUCUACACUGGUGGCUAAAUUAGAUCAUUUCUAAUACUGAAGAUACACUGUAGUCAGAGUGAUCAGUGCGUUCUCGCCCAUACUGUUAUUAGUGGAUUUUAAAGGAAAGUUCCAGCAUGAUUUCUAUGGUUUUUGGCUCAUUUUCUGCUUUUGUAUUUAAAGGUGCAGUGUGUAGGAUUUGGUGGCAUCUAGUGGUGAGGUUGCAGAUUGCAACCAACUGAAACUUCCCCCCGUGUGCCAAGUGUGUAGGAGAGCUACGGUGGCUGACACAAAAACG